AGAGAAGCGUCAAAAUGGCAGAUUUAGAAAAGGGUUUGGAAGAAGAAUGUAAUGAAAACAAGGAUGAAGAGAACUCUGAUGAGAAACCUGUUAAACCAGUGCAUUUAGAUCUUCAUCUUAUUGUGAAAAGGCAUUUACCUCUAGAAGCAUCUCAAUGGACUCAGAAUGAAAUGAUUCAGGAAUUAAAUAAAAUAAAGAGAUUACGACUUGAUCGUGAAAAUAUUGGUGGUAUUGAUGGUUUUGAGCUGCUGAGCACUGAUGUCACUCAUCUUUACCUCCAGUUCAACAAAAUUCAAAAGAUUGAGAAUUUGGAAUGUCUUCCAAAUUUACAAGUUUUAAUUUUGUCUCAUAAUCAAAUCAGUAAAUUGGAAGGAAUUUCACAUCUUCAGAAGUUGGUUUUCUUUGAUAUCUCUAACAAUUGUAUAGAAGAAUUAAAUCCAGAUGACAUUCCUAAGUCUAUUGUGAUACUGAAUCUAACAGACAAUCCCUGUGCAGCAAAUGUUUCUCAUAGGAAAAACCUCAUUCAGUGGUUGCCAAAACUAAAGCAUCUAGAUGGGUCAGAUAUUUCCAACAAAGACAGAAUCUCAGCAGGGACUCUUGAUCCAAAUGAUGUGGUAGAGGACAGCGAUGAAGAGGAGGAAAAUGACAAUGAUGAUGCUGAAGAUAAUGAAGACGAUGUAAGGCAUGAGGCUGGAGAUGAAAUAAUGGAUGCUAGUUCACAAAAUCAACCUAUUAUUGGAUACAAACAGCUUCCCAAAAUACUGCCAAAUAUUCACGAUGUGGCCACAGACAUGCUAAUGAGAUCCCAGAAGAGAUUAGAGAAGGAUACCAGCAUGCACAGAAAACACAUUCAAGAGAUGACGAACAUUCGCAUCAUGACAAAAAUCAAACCAAUCCCUCAUCUGUCCAAGCCACAUGACAUCUGAGCAAUUGUCUAGAAGUGGGUUGCUCUAAUGGCUGAAGUAUAUUUACCAACUUAGUAUUGAAUUACUGAAUUUUAUUUCUGGAUUAAUUUUGAUUCAUUCUAUCAUUUGUAUGCAUU